AUUCCUAUUUAUUAAAAAACAAAACAUUGAAUAUCCCAGUAUCACGGUAAGAAUUGGGUUGUACGGAGGGAUGCGGCAACUCGCAAAUGUCCACACCUUGGUUUCCCGCCAAAACCACAGUUUCGUUAUAAACCCAGUGAAUCAUUCCCAACGGCUCAUUCUUUCUUUUUUCUCAUCUGAGCAAACGCUUUUCAGUAAUUACUCUCCUUUGUUUUGGAUUCAAACAGCUUCAUCGCAAAAUGCUGAGAGUACCUGAUUAUGAUCCAUACAAUCCAAUUCCUUUCCAUGGAAACCAACGUAAUAAGUUUGAUUACUACUUUAAACUUGAAUCUUCCGUUACGGACCCUGAGGAUUACGACACAAGGAAAUCCCGAUAUAAGUUUCGUUGCCGUGCUCUAAUUGUGAUCUUCAAAUAUUCCAAUUGCAAAAGCUAUGAUCCUUUGGCUUCUUAUCUUGCUCUGAAUUAUUUCGAUCGCUAUCUUGAUAAUGGAAAUCGUGUACCGAAUGUAAUGAGUUGUCUUAUCCACAAUGUGGAACUCACCGUUAUAUGCUGCCUCACACUUGCAUGGAAAAUGAGAAACAUAACAUUCAACAUCUCUGAAUAUCAGGCAGAGAUGCCAAAUCUAAGGCAAAUUACGGAGGAGCAAUUCAUGGAAGUGGAGUUUGGGAUUCUCGAAGGACUUAACUGGGACCUGCGUGUGAUCACACCCAUAUGCUUUGUGCCGUUAUAUACUACUAGAUUUCUUGGUACUUCUCAUAGAAUUAAUAAGAGAAUUAUCCAUGAUAUCAUCAUAAAUUCACAUCAAAGCAAUUUUAUGAAGAAACAGAAACCAUCAGUUAUUGCAGCAUCAGCUCUUAUUGCAGCUUCCUAUUUUUUGUAUCCCCGCAUAUAUGCAACCUUUCGUUGUGGAUUGAGUACGGAAAGGUUGAUUCAGAGGUGCGUAGGCCGUAUGAUUAAGCUGAGCAAGAAAUUGAAAAUUUUUCCUGGGACUGAUGAUAAGACAAAAAGCAAGGUGCAAGAAGAGUCUGGGUCUGAAACUCCUGAAUCAGAGUACUCCGAAAUACUAUUUUUCAAUGAUGUAUUACCUACACAACUUGAGCAAGAAGAAGAUACUGCUGAGAAAUUUGUACAGAGAGAAGGUAAACAAGUGGCCACUACUAGCGAAACCAGAUUGGAGAGGGGAGCCGAUAAAGGAAAGGGGAUAGUACUACAACCUGAACAAGUAGAAGACCCUCCUGAAAAAUUUGAACAAAGAGAAGGUAAACAAGUGGUGGCUACUAGAGAACCGAGCUUGGAGAGACCAACUGAUAAAGGAAAGGGGAUAGUACUACAACCUGAACAUGAAGAAGACCCUCCUGAAAAAUUUGAACAAAGAGAAGGUAAACAAGUGGUGACUACUACCGAGAGAUCGUUGGAGGAAGAGAUGGAAGAAAUGCAGUGGAACUUCCCACUAAGGUGGACGGUUGGAGAGUUAUAUGGUGGACUGAUUGACAUCUUUGAGCCUCCCUCGGAGAUUGAGCCAGCUGUUGAUGAUUGUUCUGAUCAAGAUGAACCCCUGCCAGAGCCAUCUUUCUCAGAGUUAUUACAACAUGAUCGACAACACAUGGCGCCAAAUCCAUUUCGUGAACUCACCCGUGAAAGACAAGCGUUCGAGGUGGCUGCUCAACAGGCCCUUCUAGAGGCCCAAAAACGAGCUCAAAAAGUUCAUCAUGGUCGGGGAAAAUGUCUAAUCAACAACUGCUUCUGUUGUCUCUGCUGCUGCGAUUCUUUAAGCAGCUCAGGCUCCAGUGACCAACAACCUCUUGCUCCAAGCUUUGUGGUUGGUACACUUAACCACUGUUGUUGCUGCAAGAGCUGCAACCUUCUGUGAUAUUAGUUACCACAAAACACUAAGACUUCUGUGAUAUUAAUACACAUCCAACUGAUACUGUAGUUUCUUACCAAACUUAUAUCUUUGCUUUCUACAUAAUAGAGUGAUUUUUAUUCUUCUUU